CGUUGUCGAUUUAGCUGCUAACGGUUGGAUAAAAAUGGAUUCGAAAAACAAAUCGGCCGCAGAAAUACGAGAAAAACAGACACCACCACGGCCGGCCAGCGAUACACGAAAAAAAUCACAUGGCGUAAGCUCUAAAUUUCUUACUGCCCGAGAGGGCCACCAGCACGCUCAACACGCUUCAUCGAAGAACGAUCCAUUGAGGGUACUGAGUCAAAAAAGCAAAGGCUCAACAAAAGGCGCUGAUCGUUUCAAGCGACAGGGCGCACAAGACCGUUUAAACAAGCUGCGCGACCAACUGCAGCAGGAACUGAUAGAACGAAACCAUUCGCGCGCCAGUAUUGAUGCCAUUACUAAACCAAAAACAACUGUGAUCGAUCACGCCAUAGCUACGGAAUCUAGUUCACUACCAGAAUCAUCAGCUGCGCCGUGUAUGGAAGAUAUUGACAUGGUCGAUAUCGACGCAUUGUUAACACCGAAUCCACUACCUGCUGCACCAUUGCCCAUGGAGUGCGAUACCUUAACGGAUCCUGCUCCGGCAGAAGCUUGUAGCCCAAAGCGGAAUCCGGACAAACAGGACCAGGAAUCGCAUACACAGAAAAGUACAAAGGUGGCUACAAAUUACCUGGAGAACGCAGCGUCGUUUGAAAACCACAUGUUCCUCGUCCUCGACAGUUGCGUGUACAUGAACGAGAUUGUUUCCAUCAUGGACAUUUUCAGAAAUGAAGUGCCAAUUAACAAACCGCAACCCAUUCUGGUCGUGCCGUACAAGGUGCUGCAGGAGUUGGAACUGGUGAAGGCGAAAAAACAUGAUCUGUCACCGACAAUCACCAAGGUGACGAAGUUCCUACAUUCGAUGCUUAAGGUGCGGGACAAGCGCAUCAAGGGGCAACGCCCUAUUGACACCCACCUGGAACUGUUCGAGAUGUCCUCGCCGGACGAUUCGAUUCUCAAUUGCGCCCUACAGGUGAAGCAGGUCGUGGGGAACAAAGUAGUGCUCGUCUCCGAAGAUCGCAACUUGCUAACAAAGGCCCUCGUUGCCGAUGUGAAGGCUUACAGUUGGAAGGAAUUCUGUGAUCGCUACGACUUUGACACCUAGACUUAAGCCGGGGCCGAUACAAAUCAAAGCCAACACUAGUCGUUACCCGAGGGAGAUAUGUUUGGUGUAAGAAAACGAGGAUGCAUUUCGCAGAUUUGAAAUCGACCAACUAAUGAGCAGUUCCAAAGGAGGUGCUUAAUUUGAUCGACAAACGAAUGCGAUUUGCAUUGUGCGCAUUGCAAUAGCAUGGCGCAAUUUACAUUUUAUAAAUAAGAACAAAAUGCUAUAAACAUCACAAAGCAUCUACAAGUCUUAGAUAAGAAAUCGUUGUGAAAUCUACAAAACCGAAUUAAUCUG